AUGGUACCCUCAAAUUUGUUUUUCUCCAGAGAGAUCAGUGGUGAAUCGCUUCACAAAAAACUCCGGAAACCCAAAAACCGCACGAUACCUGGAUGUGGAUCGAAGGAACACGAUUCGUUCUACGCUCGAAGCGGCCAAAGAAAUAUCGUCUCUCUACACGUGAUCCGUGACGCGAGAUGUUUCUUGGAGAACGGCGCAACCGCCGCACACCUCUUCGUAGGCGAAGAUUUGCCGGUCGGUGACACUGUGGGCGUGCUCGGGGUGUUGGGCGACCCCGGGCCCCAGGGCGACAUCGAGCUCAGGCUUCAAGAACUCGACAGCCCCGUCACUUUCUCCGCCUACUCGAAGAAUUUAACUCUUAUCAGACCCCUGGACAAGGAGGGCGUGGAUGGGCCCGCGAGCGUUUACGUGAACGUGAUCUGCGAGAGGAAACACACUUUAGACCCUGGCUUCGUGAUACCGGUCAACAUUCGCGUGACUGACGCCAAUGAUAACGCGCCUCAAUUUGUGAAUGCGCCUUACGUCUUAAACAUCUCCGAGGUCACAGUGGUGGGUACGAGGGUUCUUCAAGGUGUAAGAGCCGUGGAUGCAGAUCAACCAGGACCAUUUUCUACCGUACAAUAUGCAGUUUUGCCUGGACCACACUCGGAUUACUUUGUGUUCGUAAACGCUUUAGAAGGUACUCUGGUCCUAAGGAAACCACUGGAUUACGAAACACUCGCCAAUUUCUCUGUAGAUAUACGCGCACAAGAUCAAGGUAACCCGCCAAAAUCAUCCGCUACGACACUUUACGUCAACGUCAUCGACGCGGAUGACCAAAAUCCUGCCUUUCAAAGUGACCAAUACAAAAUUCUCGUUCCUCGAAACAUUAAAACGAGAAAGACACUGAAGGUAGAUCCAAUGGCGAUAAAAGCGAUGGAUCAAGACGUAGGAAUUAACGCUCCCGUCAAGUACACGAUUCAAGGAGGUAUUCUUCCAUUUCUCACCCUGAAUCCGGAAACAGCCGAGGUUGCCAUAACGCGGCCGUUAUACGAACACGAACUCUUGUCCCCAGCAACGAUCGUCGUCAAGGCUACGCAAUUGGACAAUCCGGAUAAAUACGCUCUUUCCACCAUAGUUGUUUCUCGGGAGACCGAUUGGAACGUCGAACCCACCGCUGGUGGAAGGUUACCUGUCAAAUUUAUACGAAGGGAUCAUCAAACCACUAUCCCAGAAAACACUCCUCCAGGAAGUGUUCUGUUAACGACAGGGGUGAAUAAAUUAGAUUCCAAUUUAAGAUUUUGGCUGGUGGGGGCAAUUGAAGAUCUCGAGAGAUUCUCCAUCACCAAUUCCGGCGAAUUGAUUUUGAAGGGUACUCUGGAUUACGAGAGGAGGGUACAGCACAGUUUUCUGGUUCGCGUUACCGACGGCCAUCACAACGACACUUCACGCGUGAACGUUUCUGUCGAGGAUGUGAACGAAUGGGAACCUCGGUUUCGUCAUCCUAGAUACGAAUUCCACGCAGCGACAUCGAGAGAAGGAUCCAUUGUCGGAAAGUUAGAAGCUGCCGAUGGUGACAGAGACGACAAAAUUAGUUUAUCUCUUAGAGGUCCAGAUGCAAGAUCCAGCAUGAUCCCGGUGAUCGUGCACGUGCCGAAUAGCGGAUCCUUGCCGAUAGCCGCGAGAGCCGCACCCGCCUGGUUGGGAAGCAGCGUCCUCCUUGUCGCCGUUUUCGGCGCUGUUUUGGGUCUCCUUGGUGUUAUAAUACUUGUUUUGAUAUUGUACAUAUACAAAAACAAAAGACCAAAGACGAGCGGGUCCGUGAGCUCGGUCGGGACCGGUUAUCGAGAAAAAUCGCCGGUCCCCUCUGCCCUGAGCCCGACACCGCAAGUGCUCGGGGCAAACAUGCUCCAAGACGCUCUGGAAGUUGGUCCUCGAAGAGGAACUCGUGCCGAGGAUGCGCACAAUAUCGAGGAGAACGGGGAGGAGGAGGCCGGGGACGAUUCAGAGGAAAUGAAUCGUGUCGAUCGAGAGAUCGUCGACGAUAACAUCAACGGCGAAUCUCAGACGGCGAAUAACGACAGUGGCGAUGUUGAAAAUCCUGUUUUCGGAGCGAGGAAUUAUAAUGCCACGAUUAAAAGUGUAACGUCAGCCAGACAAAUACCUGUUUACGCGAGACACAAGAUAGCCCCGGCGCCAAAUCCUCCAGGUUUGUCUGCAACCUCCAACAUACCUAACGUCGGUGGUCUAGUACAAAACAUGAAUGACUUAAGCGCGAAAACAAAUUUGAACGCUAGCUCUUGCCAAUCUUCCAAUUAUUCCGGAGAUGUUCCAGAUUCGUUGGCGUUGCCCGCGUGGCCUGCUUGCUCCGUUUCACAGAGAGUUAAAAAAUUAUCCUGGGACGAUGAUGACAGGACAGUGGAUAGCGUGGAAGUAACGGCGGAAACAAUGUCCAGAAACAGUCAGAUCGGGAACGAACGACUUAAUCUUACCGUGUAUUUUUAAUCAUGAAACGAGAAAGACUGAAAGAGAAAAAAUGGUUCCAAUUUAUUAUACCAUCGAACGAGAAAAUAUUCAUCGAUAGGUUAUUUCAAUAAAUAAAUUCCUUUAAUAAGCAGACAAAUGUUAAAAUGUUCUGUAUCGUUGCCAGAUUAUAACG